CGACGCGGACAAGUGGAAAAGUCACGGUUUCUGCCAACACACGCCGAGUGGACGGGGGCCCUUUAUUCCCAGUCGCCGGCGCCCAGCGGCGAGCAGACCGUGCGACCCGUUAAAAAAAAAAAAUACGCGUCCAAGCUUCUCCUCGAGUCCCUUGACCCAACUCGAGCCUUGCGUGUGUCUCUAAAAUAAAAAUAGCGCCCGAAUCGUACGCCGGAUCGCGGCGGCAGGGAGGGGGCACAUCGAGUAAUUUAUCGAGCCAGGUGAGGUGAGGAGGGGGGCGCGGGGAGCAGAUCUCGCCGGCCGGGGGCCAUGGGUGCUGCCGGCGCGAUCCGGCGGGCGGCGGCGUCGGUGGUGGACAGGGCGUGCGCGGGUGCGCGGGGCUUCCGCCGCGCGCUGGCGCGGUUCGCGCCGCGGCCGUCGGCGUUCGGCCCCGCCGCCGACGCGGAGGCCGCGGCGGUGCGCGCCGUGCGGAACCUCCGGACCUUCCGGUUCCACUACGCCGUCCUGCAGUGGGUGCUCCUGCUCGCCUCCCUGGCGCCGCGGCACCGGGCCUCCGUCGUCUUCCUCAUGGCGGCGUCCAAGGGCCUCCUCGUCUACGGGGGCCUCCUCAGGGCGUUCCCCAACUCGGCGCUGCUCCGGAGGCUCCUCGACCGCCGCCUCGUCGCGGCCGUCUUCGUCGCGCUCGUGCUCGCGGACAUCGUCGCCGCGGGCGCCGUCGCCAACCUCCUGGCCGCGCUCGCCGCGGGCGUCCCGGUCGUCGUCCUCCACGCGUCCUUCCGCGUCCGGGACGACCUCGAGGGGCCCUCGCAGGACGCGGCAGCCGAGAACGGCAAGGAAGACGAGGCGUCCGCGGUCGUUGAGAAGAAGGAGGACGGCGACGUUGAGGCGGGGCCGACGCGGCGGUCCAUGGCGGCGGCACCAAGAUCGCCCAAAUGAGGAAUGAAUUACUAGUAAUACGAGCUAGUAAAAACCACACAUUUUUCUUUUUUUCCAUAGAUUUUAAUUAACUACUGGUCCCGUUGUCAUGGAAUAUAGGAACAAUUCAUGGUCAAACCUGUCUUCCUGCCUGCUUCUUCAUUCAUACAUACUGUGAGCCUAGGAAUUUUUUUUUUGGGAGAAGUUCAAUCAGUAGAAUGUAGUGGUAACUGUGACAGUGAAGGUGGAAUUGAGGAUGAAUACUUAUAUAUUAUAGGAGACUCAUUUGUGAAGUCCUCUAUUCAUA